AUGGACUCCUCCAGCCGCCGCCCGCUCUCCGAUCUGCUAGGCGCUGGGGCUGGGGACGACGACCUCGAAGAGGGCGAGUACGUCCCCAGUCACUACCAGUCGUCCUCCGACUCCGACACCGACGACGACGAUCGCUUUGAUCAUCAGUCGUCCUACCCGCAGCACGGCGGCCGCAUGCGCCGGCUGGAAGACAUCGUCGCGGAGGGCCGGGUCGGCGCCGGCGCAGCACGCCUGCCGCCGGCGUCGCCCACUCCUUCUUCCGAAUCUGAGGGCACAAUCAGCGACCACCGCAGCGUCUCAUCUGGCGGCGGCGGCGGCGCGCGGCCGGCGCGGAAGUUCCCCUGCUACGUCUGCGGCAAGGGGUUCAGCAGCCGCAAGGCAGUGGACGGCCACAUGAGGGUCCACGGCAGCGGCAGCGGGAGCGGCGCGCGCCAUGCGGUGGCGUUCAGUGGCGGCUGGGCCGCCACUGGCAGGCGUGGCUCGAUAGGGGGCAAAAGCAAGCCUUCAGCCGCGGUGGCGGCCUCUCUGGAUUCUGAGUCGACGGGCCACUCCACGGCCGUCGUCGCGGUACAAGUGCAGCAGCCCUUGGAGCCAGUGCCCAUGGCGUUCGCGGCGACCAAUCUGUCGCCGAUGCCUUCUUCCACCAGAACCAAUCUGUCCGGGGAGGACGACGAGGGCAGCAGCGCCGCCAGCGCCACCGCGCAGCCGGUGGUGCACUAUGAUGAGCCCGUGGCGGCGGCGGCUGUGGUGGCAGUGGCAGUUGGAGCAAACCCUUCUUCCACUGCGGAUGGGGCUGGGGCUAGGGCUGGGCCCGUCGACCACCAGCUGGCUGUGGCAGAUCAACAAGCUCCUGCUCCACAAGAUCACCGCCAGGCUGUGUCUGUGCCUCCUCCAGCAGCGCAGAAAUCUCAGCUCACCGAGCAGCCACUCGUGCCGCCGCCUGCUGCUGCACCUGCAGCCCAGCUCCAGCAAGGCGGCGGCCAGCUCGUGCCACUGCCCCGCCCCGCUCAGCCACCGCGGGAGUACAGCUGCAAAGACUGCGGCAAGACCUACUCGACGCACCAGGGGCUCGGUGGCCACGCCGCCGGGCACAAGAACAGGCAGAGGGAGCAAGAAGCAAUGGCGGCGGCCGCGGGGAUGAUGAUGAUGCCCCACGGCGGCGGCGGUGGCGCCGAGUUCCUCGCUGCGCUCCGCCGCGGCCGCAAGGCGGAGGAGCCGCACGCGUGCCAGAAGUGCCACAAGGUGUUCGCAACAGGAGUCGCGCUCGGUGGCCACAUGAGGAUGCACUACACUGGCCCGCCGAUCGUGCACAAGAGCAAGAGGAGGUGUGUGGCACUCGUUGCAGCAGGGCAGCAGCAGCCGCCGCCGCCGCCUGCCGUCACCGAGGCCGACCUUAGGCUUGCGCUGUCCGCUGCUAAUACUGAGGAGCCGUCGUCGUCGGCUGCACCGGCCAUGGCGGGCACCGGCAGACUGCGUCUCUUUGGCAUUGACAUCGGACCACUGGUACAACAAGCGGCGCCGGCGCCAUCAGAGCAACAAGGGUCCGGCACGAUGGAGGAUUAUUCGUCCGCCGGCGAGCAGCAGCACAAGUAG